AUGUCCUCAGGUCGCUUUUUCGAGGGAGCAUCACGUAUCCAAUUCUAUGGGGGCCAGUCAUUUACGAACGCAAAUAAUAUCAUCAACAAUUACAACAGCUAUAUUUCAGCACGCCCCGAACUCGAACAUGGAUUGUCGAUUUCUCGGAGGGACGAUGACCAAUGGCUGACUUUGGUGACGUGGCGGACAAAGGCUCAGAUUGAUAUGUGCGAUAUACUUAUUCUAUGCGAAGUGUCCUCAGAGACGCAUCAUGUGUCCGUCAAAUUGAAGACCACAAACCCAUUUCGAAACAGAGUGGGAGGUGUUGUGAAGAUUCGGAAAAGGACGCAAAUCGCGGAAAUUGUUCCUGGGUUUGAAGAUCGACGAUUUACGGUCGUUUCGCUUGAACCUGAGGACGGUGGGGAUGUCGAGAAGAUAUGGAGGAUAUUAGAACCACUUUGUGAAACUGCUCUUUCUCAGCGUCAAGUCUGGCUUACACAAAUAUUUGGAGUGGGUCGGUCGAUGACACCAACGUUGAUAUACCACGACGAGGCCAUUGAUGUGGAGACUAUUAUAGAGCAAUGUGAAAAGACACCGAUUGUAUGGACCUACCUGUUCUACAGAUUCAAUCAUUCCUUUUUCGACGUAGUAGGCGACGAAGCUUUACAGAAAUUGGCAAUUCCACUUGCAUCUGGGUGGACGUUCAAUCUGAAGACUCGUUCAUUCCAGUAUGACAUCGUAGCCGUAACCUCCGAUGACGACGAAGACCGUUACUACUUUGAUCGACUGCCCCCACUUCCACACAACUGCAACCCACCACUCGAUUCCAACGAGAUCAUCCACGCUAUUCCAAACAUCUUACAGCUGGUCUCAUCAUUCAGAACAUAUCGCAGUAUAUCAUCCUUUGUCCGCCACCAUGACGUUCUCACAUUUGGCACUGUUCAUCAGGAAAAGCCCAAAAUGCGAAUUUGCACAAAUCAGUAA